AUGAAGCUUAAACUCUUUAUCUUGCUUCUACUUUUGAGGAUUUCUCUUUAACAUAUAGUAACUUAUACUGUGAGCAAUCCUAACCCAUACUCUGUUGAUGUUUUGAAAUCGUAUACAUUGCUUGAAGGUCUUCUAUCACCCUAAUGCUUGACAGUCAAGUACUAAAAUAGAAUCAUCCCAUAUGAUGGCGUUUUUGCUAAAAGAGCUCUAUUACAUCCUCGAGCUUACUUGCAAUUACCUCCCUACGCCUCCUACUCGCUGGACAUAGAUAUUUCUUUUGUAUACGAUUUAACGAAGCUGGGAGCAUAUGAAGUCAUAGUGCCAAUACAUGUUGGUGGUGACGGCGUAAGGGCUCGAUUAAGUAUACCUCAGAAUGUUGGAAUAAAAAAUGACUAAUGCUAUCCCAUGGAACCCAUAGAAGUAUUGCAAUAAACGAGUCAUGCUAGAUUUUUAAUUACUACUGAAAAUAUACCUGAUCUCUCUGUGGGACGAUUAAGAGCUAGCGGAAUGAGCGAGGCUUAGGCCGUAGGCUACAGUAGGCGAUAAUCUAUUGUGACACCAGGUGUUGAUGAGUUCGACACUUUUGACUACCAAGAUGGGGAAGGACCUUUGCUGUCGCUCUGGCUAAAAAAUCAUAGUAUUAGCAAAAUGGUCUAGAACUUUGCCUUAGCAUUCUAGUCAGGUCCACUUUUAGGAUCGAAUGUUUCUGCAUAUAAUGCUGAAAUGCCUGUUAGUACUUAUUACUGGCAAAAGUAUAUAUAUUUGCGCUAUAGAGCUUAUUCAGAAAAUUUAGUAACAGCUCUAGGUUACAACUCAUUCCCAGGAACCGUGGCUCAUUAGUUAAGUAUCAUAAACUGUGUUUUUCAUGAUAGCAAAUAUUAUAGAAACUAAAUAACGGAAUCGAGUCUAGGAUAGUAUAAUUUACGGGAGUGGAGUGCGAGAGCUUUAUUAGAAGGAGGGGCUUCUUAUAAUACUAUAUUAGAUGAAUUUAGCUGCUGUAAUACUGAGGAAAUUAUCUGUGGUGACCAGCGACUAUAUCUUUCAGUUAAGGGCUAGUCAGGUUAGUUAAAGUAACAUGAAACAUCAGCUAGUUUCUAAAUAUAAAUUAUUGUUGGUGGAGCAUCUAAAUUUUAUUCUUUCCAGACAUACUAGAUUAAGUGGAUAAUUGGUGAUAAGCCUCUUCUAAAAAAGGCAGACACUGCAUUUUAAGGGUAGAAUUACUGGAAAUUAUACAAAUAUAAGAUUACACUAACAGUCCAAGAAAUAUCCCUAUUAGGAAUUAAUCAAUCUCAAAUGAGCUCUAGUGAUGAAUCAGUCAGUUUAAUUUUUCUGAUAUACUGCAAGAUGUGUGACACUAACCAAUUUUACAUACUCAGGCCCCUAAUUUUUCAGAAUCAUAAGCAUAUCAAAGCUUUAUCACUUCCCAGCACUUGA